CCUCGCCAGCACGGAUGGUGGGAUCGGAUGGUGGGAUCUGGGCAGGCCAGGAAGUUGGGAAGGGGAGGGCUUCCUGCUCCAGUGAAGGGGAAGAGGCCCCACUGCCAGAUAUGUUGGACUACAGCUUCCAUGAUGUCCCGCCAACAGCUCUGAUCGAAAAUGCUUUCUUCUUCCUUUUUGCAAAGCCCCUCAUUUCAUAAAUGCCCCACCGUGUGCUUCCAAAAAAGUUGUUAAUCCUUAACUUAAAUUGCAUUAUAUAUGGGAGCGGAAGCCUUAUUUCUGAGAAUUGCUUGAAGCACGUUGCUAGCCUUCAGAGUGGUGGUGGUGAUUUUAUGUAAUGGGUUCAUUGUAUUUUAAAGUGAGUGAUGCUGACCUUCUGUUUAAAAACGUGCAUGAUGCCUUCCUAGCAUCAUGAAGCAAAUACUGCAAUGAACGUCUGCAUUAAAAUCUGCAGGGGCCUAGCAGAGUGAUCACGGCACCACGCCCUGCAAGUACGGCCCCUAGGGCCCUGCGCACGCUUAUGAGAAGAUAAAGCACUGCUGAGAAUGGGCUCUUGGCAUGAGGCAAGCCUCCCUGGAGAGGAUGUUGCUCACGUGAGAGAUCUCCAUUGGCCUGGAGGAGUACAUAGAAAGCCUGAUGUGAUGGCGGUGGGUGAUGGGCUGAUGUGCCUGUCUCCCAUUGCCCCCACCCAAUGGCAGAUCUGUCAGGGAAUGCAUUCUUCCCAGGCUUGCAAUACAAGGAAUACAAACUUGUGGAAGAUGGAGCCAGGAUUCUGUCUUCCAGUUACCCGAGUUAGGAUGCUGGAAUGCUUCUCUUGCGGAAACAGCUAAACGUGUCGUGCAAAGCAGCUGCGUUUCCGUGUCUGAGGAGGGAAACCAGAUUGAUGUUUCUCUCCCUUUCUUUUAGCGAUUGAAAUAAUCUGUGGCCACCAUGGAUACCAGGAGGGUCUCUUCCCGAGAGUCUUCAUAUUCAGUGGAGAGCGCCACCAGCGAGGAGGAUGAGGAAGAGCAGCGGCUGCCGCCGCCAGAGGGGAACUUCAGAGUUUUCCUUCUCGAUGAUGGGAGUGAUGUGAGGAAGGAGGCGAGGCUGCCAAGGCACCGUUGCCUAAAUGGUCCAGGAUUCCUUGUCUUGCCCGGUUUGCAUGGCCAGGGCCGCAAGCGCUGGGUCAGGAAGCCCCUCGGCCCACUACCCUCAGCCAGACCGCAACCACCUGGCCCCGGCUGCCGCUGUUACCUAGAGGUUCCCGGGGAGACAUUCCGUGGCCGCCUGGUCAGUCCAAGCGGAAGCCUGCCUGGGCAGAGGGUGAGCCAAAAGAGGGCCGAGAGCAGUGGCGGCUACAAGUGUCAGAGCAGUGCCACGGGAGGUGGCCAGCCCCUUCCGUGUCCCAAGGCACUGUCACCCCAUGGGAUGAAGAGGCAACGGAAGAAGGAAAUAGCAGCUGAAGAGACCUUGCGCUCUCCCUGCUGGACGGAAGGGGACCAAGUCUUUGCACAAAAGUGCUGGGAACUCCAAGGCUUUGUCCGCCCCCUGUCGCAGCUUCUGGAUCGCCUGAAAAUGGGCCGCUUUGACCAAGGUCUAAGCAGUUUCCAGCAGAGCGUGGCUAUGGAUCGGAUCCAGCGGAUCAUUGGUGUCCUUCAGAAGCCACAGAUGGGGGAGCGAUACUUGGGCAUCCUGUUGCAGGUGGAAAAAAUGCUCAAAAUCUGGUUCCCUCACAUCCCCUUGAAGGACUCACAGGCCAGCUGCGGUGUGUCAGCCAGGAAGGCAUGUUUGGCAGCAGAGUCGCACUAUGUAGAAGACCAGACCAUGGGAAUGAGGAGCGUGCCCAUCCACGAUGCUGUGCUGAGCCCUUUCUUGGACCUCUCUUCCUUACAAGACCACAAAGCUGGCACUUGGCGGGGAGAGCCAGCGCCCAUGGCUAAGAGGCCUGCUGUGAACUUGACCCGGAUUCACACGUCGCCCAUUUUGAACUCUCUCUUGGGACAGGUAGACUUCAGUCAGAUGAACUCUGCACUUGGGCAGAUCUUGUUGGGGCCAACCAUGAACAGCUACGGAGUGGUUUUCUACCUCCAGAAGGUCACGGCUGCGCAGGCUGCUUCCGAGACUCCUGCACACAGCUGCCCCUCCAGCGUGCCGCUUUCUGGCUCUGGGGAGCCUCCUUGCCGCCACAGCUUGCCUGGUGCCCUGGCAGCAGACAGCUCUGCCCCCAGAGGAACUCUUGGUGGCCUCACCUGGUCGCUCCCCCACCUGCCGAUGUCUGGGGAGGAGCUGGCGGGGGGCGAACUGUCUGCAGAAGAGCCUGUGAAAUGCCGCAGCUCCUGAUGAGACAGGUCUCCCUGGACUUAUGGACCGUCUUUCCCCUUCUUCACAAACUUUUUUUUAACUUAAACAUUUCAUGUAUGUCCAAAAAGAUGCAAAACUGUACCGGCCCCCGGGAUGGGAAAGCUUAGUUUCAAUAAAGGUGCUGCUGCAGUG